ACCCAACUUUCCCGAGUUCCUAGAGGCCGUUUGAAGUAAUGAACUGCAUCAAUUUGAUGGGACUAUAAAUAAUCCAACUUCCAGUGAGAUUUGUGCCCGCUUCCGAUAGUUCGGUUCGUGAGUCGCGGACGGACGUGGCCGUGUUUUGCAUCUAAAUGAGUGUAAUCGGCGGCCUCGUGAUCAAUCACAGCCGGUUCGAGUGUACGGAGUGUUUGGAAGAGUGGGAAAAGGGCCACAGUGGCUUUCACGGCAUGGAGGUGGAGGUACGCGAGGAGGCUACCUCAAGGUCCCGAUCCGGGGCUGACUCCACCUCACCACUGGUCAACAACACUCCCACAUAUCCUGUGGCAGAUGCACCAGUGGUGAUAGUCCGCGUCGAAGAAGUGCUGCUCGUGGUCCUGGUACUCAUAAUCUGGGUGGCGGCCAUCGCCCUGUUCUUCAACCGUUGGGGCAAGAUCCGCAUGCUGGAGCCGUACCAACCGAAGUUCCACCAACAACCCCAUCGACCCUCUUGCCCGUUGGCACCGUUAAGUCCACCCGGCAUCAACGCCCAAGUGAGCAACACCUUGCCCAGGGCUCAGAAACCGACCACUCAACGGAUGUCGUUCUCGAAGUACAACGUGAACGCGUUGACUGAUCCCCUGUCAGCACUUCCAUCACCCAUUAUCAGACGGCCACGUCGCAACUCCGUCUUCGUCGGAUCGACGAUGGCCGUCCUGAAUCCGCCGCCGCGACGCGUCAAGUCCGCCAUCGACAUCCAGCACCUGCUCGUCCAGGAGAAUCCGGUCUCGAUGUCGAGCUCACUCACAGGUAAUAGAAAAGGUUCCAUAAUACCCAUUCUCAAUAGAGAUAGAAGACCAUCGAUUACGAUCGACCGACCAAUUUUUAUAAACCGCCAAAGACCAUCGAUAUCAAUAGAACGGCCCCCAAUAUCGAUCCACAGACCGAGACGAUCGUCGUGUUUCGUCGAACGGCCGACCAACUAUCACAGGAACUUCAUCAGCUUCGAACAUCCGAAGACCGAACGUAAAUACGGCGACAGACGACCGUCUUCUAGUUAUCCGUGCACCUUUCAACAGCCGACCAUCAGCUUCGAAUCGCCACUGGAGUCUUUGGAGGCUUCCAGCAUCACCGUUGAGGUUCCCAGAAAAAGUUCCGUUCCGAUCAGACCGAAGAUAUCCAGAAGCUUCGAACAACCAACCGUCAGAAAGUUUACGCCUGAAAGGAUCUCCAACAGUUUGGACGUAAGUUCGACGAGUUUCGACAGAAGGUGUUCGAUUCAAGAGGAAGAUAGAUCGUCGCCAGUUUGCAUUUAUUUAGAUGAAACAAGGAUAACGGCCCCGUUGCUUGAAGGUCUUAAGAGUUCCGAUGUGUGAUAUUUGUUGAACUAUUUUCAGUAUUUUUGUAUUUUUUCGUAAUUAACAAAUGAAGCUUUAAUUUUGGUGCUUCAAUAGUUUACUACGAAAUGGUAAGGGAUUAGAGCAUAAAACUGGGGAUGUUUGAUGAAUGAUUUUGAAACACAAAACCUUUUUAUUUGUUGGAACUCUAAUGAAGUAAUAAAAGCGAUACUACAAUUAUAAAAAGCUACACAAACUAAAAUCUAUACUAUUAAAUAUACACGAAACUAUCACAGUUUUUGCUAAAAAUGUAAUGUAUAUAUUAGUAAGUUAGAAUAAUGUUUAUGAUUUAAGUUUUGAACAAGAAUCACUUUCUGUUAUUCGCCUCUUAAAUUAUCCGGGGAAUUCCAAUUUGCUCCGGAUGUUCAGCUUCCUUACUCAAUAUCCUAGGAGACGCUGUAAACUUAUUACUCGUCUUUAAAACAACUAUCUUAACUUGCUAACUAGAUUAUGUCGAUAAAGAAUGAACGUUUAACAAGAUCAUUCACCUUAUCUCCUCCAAAUUUAAUUUGAUUCUUUAUUUUUAAGUGCUGGUAAUGUAAAUAAACUCAGAGAUAUAUUUUUCAAAAAUUUAACUUCAUGCACAAGAUAACUUAACAGUCUUGCUCAAAUUUUCUAUGGUAUAAUGGAAGGGAUUUAGUUCCCCAGAUUUACAGCAUGCCUUCUAAACUGAUAAAACACGAAUGAAGCUUUAAAACUGAAAAUCUAUUGGCACCUUGGAUGUGCAUAAACCACAAAUAUUGUCUAGUUAAGUCUUUCAUGCAAAACUGAGUAUCCGGCUUUCUUUGGUCAACAUGACCGUUGUAGCCAUAUCAAAAUUAGGUUUUACAUAAUUGUGAGGGGUUGGUAAUAUCGAUCACGAAACAAAGUGCAUCUUGAGCGUCGAGUAGGACCGAGUGUCGUGUGUUAAUUACAAACAUUGCAGAAAGAAAAUGGUCGAUAGUCUGAACUAUGCCAAGUGCUUUUGUUGAGACGACACAAUGGUCGAGUACACUAGAAAUUUUCUUUUGCUAAGAUCCACCGGUUAAUUAGUACCGUGAUCGAUGGUACUUCCCCUAAAAAUAUAUUCUCGAAUGAUUCUCUCUUGCAAUAAGUUCGAAGUCAAUAUGUGACCCGAGUCAGAAUUUGGCACAAAUCCAUCCGUUUUGUACAACAAUAACACAUAUUUAUCGAUGUUGUAGAGUGUUUAUAAUAUUAUAUUAUAUAUAUUGUGAUAUAUUUACAUAGAUCUUGUAUAGGACCAACUCGCCGGACAAAACACUUGACGCGUUGCACGUCGAAAGACAAAAAAACGAGUCGGAACGAGGCAAGUGUUUUAAUAAAGCGGUUGUCUAUGAAAUUAUUGAUCUCGCAAUCAAAAUUUCAUGAAGCUUUACUUUAUUCUGGGACCUAAGUGUAGUAUGUAUUUUUAGAUAUUCGAUUUCGAUAUAUACCGAGUAAAUAUAGUAUUGAUGCCUACCUUCUGGCAUUCUAAACGUAAACACUAAUAUUUGUUCGUUAAGACCUAAAUAAUGCAGAAGAAGAUUUUUUUAUUUCUGAUGCAUGCAACUUCAUCCACAUCCACAACUUCAUCGGAUCGAUUAGGCCAUAAGAACCACUAUGUUAUUUAUAUUUCUUGAGGUUUUUACAGAUUCCAGUUAUCGAUAGAAACCAGCCUGUAAUAAUAUACUUAAAUAUUUAGACCAAAAUAUCUAUACAUAUGUACUUGAUGAAAGUGAUAGAUUAAUAGAUGCAUUCUAAUAAAACUAUAAUUAUUGAUUACCUGUUAGUUCAUUACAAAUAUAUAUUAUUGUAUAAUUAAAAAAAAAACGACAUUAUAUUAAUGUGUUGAAAAAUUGUACUGAUAUUGUUAUAUUAGCUACAAAUAUCAAAUAAAUAUAUUGUAUAGUCA